UGCGAGCGGUUGGCGUGGCACAUCACUAGCUAGAAAUAGUGUCAAGUUGUUCAGAGUCGUGUUGUGUGGUUUGGUUACGGUUUCCGCAGUUUCUUUGUAUUUUGCAGAUGUUGAAUAGAAUCUGCACUCGUUUCGACAUUGAACAUUUAUUUGAUGCCAUGCGCCCAGUUCAGGAUCCAAGAAGUCGGUUCCGCUCAUCCUAACAUUUGGCAAGGAUGGCCGCGUCGGCCUCUGAAAUUGAAGACUUCUUAAGUGGGCCCCUAGUUUCGUGGCUGAAGUCAUGUCUACCCAAUCCAGACCUUGUCACAGAAUAUCAUUCCCUUUUCGAUGGGGAGAUUCUGCAUCAACUAUACCUCCAGAUAGACCCAGAACCAUCUUUCCACAUUACAAAAUUGGCUGGUUUAGAAGACCAAGCUCUCAUAUUGGGACGAGUUAAAAACUUUGAUGCUAUAGUAAAAAAUGUAAAAGCUUUAUAUGAAGAGGAAUUGGGCAUGACCCUGUUGGUGGUACCAGAAUGCAUCUGUAUGGGGAAAGCUCCUGAAUCCCGGGAAGGCCUAGAGAAUAUGAAACUUCUGAUACUGUUACUGCUCGGAGCAGCUGUUCAGUGCCCAAAUAAGGAGCUUUUCAUAACUCGAAUUAAGGAGUUGGAUGUGGAAUUACAGCAUAACAUUGUGGAAUGUAUCAAGCAGGUAACCGACAUGCAAACCGUAGUACUGACACCGGACGCGAUCGACCUAUUUCAAUCGCCGACUAUGUUCAACCACAUGCGUCGACUGGCGAAAGAGCGGGACCAUUACUUGUUGAACUGGGCUUCCCUGGUUCUGAACGAGGGUCUGUGUGACAGCGAAAAUGAGAAGCAGAAUAAGAGUCGGUCUACGCAGAAUGUCAGUCAGAAUAACGGGGAAAGUCAACAUUUGGCGGUGGAGCUCGCGGACUGGAAGUCGAGGCUGCGGAAACAGAGACAGGAACUAGAGGAAAAGUCUGAACAGCUGUCAGAAUGUCGAGAGGAAUUGGAGCACACAAAAUUGGUAUUGAAUAAACUUCGCGCCGAUAGCCAAGAGUGGUUCAACGAGGCUAGGAAAUCUUCGGCGUAUCGGGACGAAGUCGAUGCACUCCGGGAGAAGGCGGAUAGGUGUGAUAGAUUAGAGCAAGAGAUGCAACGAUAUCGCGAUCGUCUUGCUGACGCGGAGUAUUACAAGACCAGAGUGACAGAGCUGAGAGAGGACAAUAAAGCCCUCAUGGAGACCAGAGAUGCCUUAGAGGAGCAACUUCAGAGGGCGCGGAAGAGAGCGGAUCAGUGUCUCACGCUGGAGGCUGCUAUGAUCAAGUUAAAGAGGGAAGCCAACGAUAUCGCUUUGGAAAGGGAUGCAGAUCAGCAAAAGAUACAGGAAUUAAUUGAAGAAAACAAUCAUUUACAAUAUAUCACAAAAUCUGUGUUAAGUGAGAGCAAUAACAGCAAUUUGGAUACUGACAAUGAAGGUGAGAGCACCCUGGAAUCCGGUGAAAAUAGUUUAUCUGAGCAGCUAACUAGCAAUGCUCAAGCAAGAGCUUUAAAACUUGAAUUAGAAAAUAAGAGGUUAUUGUCCACCAUUGAUAACUUGAGAGAACAGUCUAUAUUGGAAAGUGGUGAUAAAAUAUUGGAAUUAGAGAAAGAAAAGAAGAAACUAAGUUUGAAAUGUGAACAAUUACAAGAGAAUUGCAAUCGAUUAAUGCAGCAAAAUUCAGAAUUGGAAGAUGUUUUUAAAAAUGCUUUAGAAGAGAAUAGAAAAUUACAAGACUCGUUGGAUAGCCAAAAGGCGUUCAUAGAUCGCCAGUCCAUCGAUAGAGAUUCGGAGAAGAAUAAACUACAGGACUUUGAAAAGCAUUUAGAAUCUUUAACCAAAGACAAGCAGCGAAUUCAGAUGCUAUGUGAUUCGAUACAGAGAAGAGCCGAUGAUUUGGAAAAAACAUUAGACGCGAGAACGAAGGAAUUAAACAUGUUGAAACCAGAAGCUGAAAAAGUAACCGCAUUGAUAAUACAAACUGAAGAACUCAAAACUAAGUUAACGUACAGCGAAAAAGAAGCGCAUAAUUUGCAAAGGGAAGUAAAUAAGUUACGAGAAGCAAUAGAAGAAAAGGAUGUUACACUUGAUAAAGUAACUACAGAGAUUGAAUUAAAGAAAAAAGAAAUUGAAAGGCUUGUCAGAGAAGUUGAAAUUGGCCAAACAACAAUUCAUAAACUUCAAGAUUUAGACCAAAAAACUCAAGAAUUAAAGUCACAAAAGAAAGUUGAUUCAGAAACUAUACAGACGUUACAAAAGGACUUAAUAUCUGAAAAAGUUAAUUUCGAUAGAUUAAGAAACUGCAUGGAAAAAAUUGGGAUCAAUGUUUCUGAAAUAAUUUCUAAGGAAGUAAGUGUGGAAGAUUUACUAGAAAAAAUUAUCACAAAUAAUGAUCAUGAAGGGUUAAUAUCUGAAAUAGCUGCUAAAGCUAACUUGAUGAAGUUGGUUCCAUGUAGUUGUGAUCUCAAAGAGAAAUUGGAUGACAUUAAUGACAUAUUGGUCAACCCACAAAUAGAGCAGUUGACUAGCGAUUUAGCAGCACUUCAAGCAUCUCUAGAGAAUAGUCAAGCUGAAAAUGCAAAACUACAAGUUAAUGUAGCCACAUUAAAUUCUCAGAAUGGGUCUUUGAUAUCCCAACAAAUGACAUUACAACUUGCUAAUAGUCAAUUAGCUGCAGAAAAAGAAGAAGUCAUAAAACAGUUAGAAGUGUUGAAAGAUAAACAAGACAAUUUGUUGAGAGAUCAGGUCGCUUUACAGACUCUUCAUGAACAAUUGAAUAGUGAAUAUGAAUUGUUACUAAGUGAAAGAGAACCGGUCAAAAUUGCUCUUAGAGAUAUCAAACUAGAAAAUAGAGAAUUGAAAGAAAAAUUGGAAAUUUGCGAAAAAAGAAUAACAGAUUUUGAACUGGAAAGAGAAAAUCUGAAAAUAGAAUCACGAAAUUUAACAAAUCUUAGGGCUGAACACUCGAAAUUAAAGGACGAUUUUAGGAAUCUUUUUACAGCAAGUGACAGGCUCAAAAAUGAGUACCGAAAUAUGCAAGAAGAAUAUAGAAAUCUUAGAAGUGAAGUUGCACAACUCAAAUUGAGAAAUACUGAAAUAUCUGGGGAAAUGAACACUAAGUUAGAAAUAAUAACGAGCAUGGAGUUAGAAAUAAAUAAGACAAAUCAACAUUGUGAAAUGCUUGUGCAAAUGAACAAAAGUUUGGAUGCAGAUAGGCGAUCUUUGAUGGAUCAUGUAUCUCAGCUUUUAACUCAGUAUCAUGAAUUGCUAGCACAUUCAUUGAAGGACAAACAGCAUUAUCACGAAGAAGAAAAGAUGUUUGCCGACAAAGUAAAUGCUCUGUGCCGACAGAAAGAAAAACUAGAAGAGAAGAUAAUGGAACAUUAUAAAAAGCUUGAUAAUUGUACCACUAAAAGACGUGGCUUCGGUGCUUCCUUCGUUAAAAAAGUGCGUAAAGCGGGUACAGAUUUGAUAAAUAAAGUUCCAUCUAGAAAUAACAAAAGGAUAGAAGAUGCAAGUCGAUCAAAGUCACAGUUAACACUAGCUGGGUCAGAAUCCGGGGAGUCUGAUCCGGGCAGCCAAGAUAUUGAAAAGAUAUCCAAAAUAUCCGAUCAGGACCCCGGAUCUUCCAAUCCAAGUGUGGAAUCCCCCAGGCAUAGUUCAGAUUCUAGUUUUAGUAGAAGAUUUGACGACAAACUGUUGAAGAAAUCCGACAAUACAGAUAUUAGUGGAUCUAUACCUAGCUUAGAUUCGAAGCCGAAUGAAAAUAAUUUCGUGAGACGACUGUCGACCACAUCGAUGCACAGCGGCGGCGGAGACGAUGCCCUUAUUAGAGCUUCACUGAGGAGGCGACCGCACAAAAAUGUGCCAUCUUCACAUCGCAACAGCUAUCAAGGGCUGGAAGGCGACACGGGACUGCCAGUAGUAUCUACACCUUCUCCGGUGUUCGGCACAGCGGGCACGCGGCGCACCGUGUACGUGGCAGACGACAACCCGGACGUGACGCUGAACAGCAAACCGCAGAGCACCCCGAUCAAGGAGAACCCCACGUACUUGGUGUACAAUCGCAUUUCGACAGUGAUCGGCGACGGCGCUCGCCAGACGCUGGGCGACGACCCUCCGCCCGACGACACCAGACACGACAGAAGGGCCCCCAGCCGCAACGAGAAAUCUGACAACUCAAAGGAGUCCGCUAUUUGGUAUGAGUAUGGUUGUGUGUGAUAUGUUUCGCCGAUACUUAUUUAGGUGCGAACGCUCGGUCAGACUGAUGAGUUGCCUUUUCAAUUUUGAUAUUAUCUUUACCAUUUAUGAAGUGAUGAAUUUAAUGUGAUCGGAAUGUUGAAUAUAUUGGCAGUUAUAUUUGAAUAAUAAUGUGAUUGAAUAAUGUAUAGUAAUUACAGUAUUAGCUUGGCAUUUAAUUCGAGUUCUAUUUUUAUAACCGCAAUUUUAACUGCGACCUUUUUUCGGUCUAAUUUUGUCUUUUUGUUUUAAUUAUGUUCUAUGCAAAAAGACAAGUUAUACAUUUAAGUUUUAUCAAAUUAACUUUUCAUAUAAAAUCGAUGGCUUGAAAAUAUUUGUAUUCAUUAUAAAAUAUUGUUAAAGUAAGCAUAGUUAGUUUGUUCUACAUUAAACUUCCAUAAAAUAUUUGUGUCUAUCAAAAUAUAGCAGCAUAAAACACAAUUUAUGUUUAUAAUUCAAUCGCAACUUAGAAUACAAACUAACCCUGUUAAUUAUAAAAAACUUAGAACAUACUUUAAGCUAAAAUAUUUUGUCUCUUUCUGUCAAUUUCAAAUGUAUAAAGUGCAACAGUGACAAGACAUAUUAAUAGGUAAAACAAUAAAAUACAAUGCAAUUUAAUUAUGAUAUAAUUUAAAACAAUUAUUGUAUGAUUCAGUCUAGUGUUUAUACAAUAACCCACAUAAUGCGUGGCACAUGCUAUUAGAAACACUUUCUCUUUGUCUAGCUAGAGAUAGUUCAAUAUUGACUGACUUCCAGUUAUUCAUCGUGGCUUUUAGUGUUAUGAAUAUCACGAAGACAAUUAGAUAAUAGCUUGAACAUAAGAAAUAGGCUACUUUCCAGCAAGUCAAAUCAGAAACAUUUCUAAUGUCAAAUACAAUAAGUAAUUCUUGGAACUUGAAUUAUUGAAGUCACGAUUAGUGAAAAUAAUUACUAAUAUAAAAGAACAAAAAAAAUCAAUCCAAGUCUAAUAGCCAAUUGGGUCCAUGGCCAUGACACGUAAAGUUACCUUUAUCUCUCUGUUACAUCUUUGUGAUUUUUUUAUUAUACGUUAUACAUAUAACUAAUUUUAUAAUAAUAAAUGGCUCUAUACUUAACUGUCGUGUUUAAUACGAUUGCUGUUAUAGUAGAAC